AUCACUGCAGUGGAAGCGAGGAGGAAGAAAGGUGAACUCCUUUUCUCAAGCACUUGUGCUCUCCUCUACCAGAAUCACCCAGAAUGCUUCCCGGGUGUAUAUUCUUGAUGAUUUUACUCAUUCCUCAGGUUAAAGAAAAGUUCAUCCUUGGAGUAGAGGGUCAACAACUGGUUCAUCCUAAAAAGCUUCCUCUGAUACAGAAGCGAGAUACUGGACACACCCAUGAUGAUGACAUACCGAAAAUGUAUGAAGAAGAAUUGUUGUAUGAAAUAAAACUAAAUAGAAAAACCUUAGUCCUUCAUCUUCUAAGAUCCAGGGAAUUCUUAGGCUCAAAUUACAGUGAAACAUUCUACUCCAUGAAAGGAGAAGCGUUCACCAGACAUCCUCAGAUCAUGGAUCACUGUUUUUACCAAGGAUCCAUAGUACAUGAAUAUGAUUCAGCUGCCAGUAUCAGUACGUGUAAUGGUCUAAGGGGAUUCUUCAGAAUAAAUGACCAAAGAUACCUCAUUGAACCAGUGAAAUACUCAGAUGAGGGAGAACAUUUGGUGUUCAAAUAUAACCUGAGGGUGCCGUAUGUUGCCAAUUAUUCCUGUACAGAGCUUAAUUUUACCAGGAAAACCGUUCCAGGGGAUAAUGAAUCUGAAGAAGACUCCAAAAUGAAAGAAAUCCAUGAUGAAAAGUAUAUUGAAUUGUUCAUUGUUGCUGAUGAUACUGUGUAUCGCAGAAAUGGUCAUCCUCACAAUAAACUAAGGAACCGAAUUUGGGGAAUGGUCAAUUUUGUCAACAUGAUUUAUAAAACCUUAAACAUCCAUGUGACGUUGGUUGGCAUUGAAAUAUGGACACAUGAAGAUAAAAUAGAACUAUAUUCAAAUAUAGAAACUACCUUAUUGCGUUUUUCAUUUUGGCAAGAAAAGAUCCUUAAAACAAGGAAGGAUUUUGAUCAUGUUGUAUUACUCAGUGGGAAGUGGCUCUACUCACAUGUGCAAGGAAUUUCUUAUCCAGGGGGUAUGUGCCUGCCCUAUUAUUCCACCAGUAUCAUUAAGGAUCUUUUACCUGACACAAACAUAAUUGCAAACAGAAUGGCACAUCAACUGGGGCAUAACCUUGGGAUGCAGCAUGACGAGUUCCCAUGCACCUGUCCUUCAGGAAAAUGUGUGAUGGACAGUGAUGGAAGCAUUCCUGCACUGAAAUUCAGUAAAUGCAGCCAAAAUCAAUACCACCAGUACUUGAAGGAUUAUAAGCCAACAUGCAUGCUCAACAUUCCAUUUCCUUACAAUUUUGAUGAUUUCCAAUUUUGUGGAAACAAGAAGUUGGAUGAGGGUGAAGAGUGUGACUGCGGCCCUGCUCAGGAGUGUACUAAUCCUUGCUGUGAUGCACACACAUGUGUACUGAAGCCAGGAUUUACUUGUGCAGAAGGAGAAUGCUGUGAAUCUUGUCAGAUAAAAAAAGCAGGGUCCAUAUGUAGACCGGCAAAAGAUGAAUGUGAUUUUCCUGAGAUGUGCACUGGCCACUCGCCUGCCUGUCCUAAGGACCAGUUCAGGGUCAAUGGAUUUCCUUGCAAGAACUCAGAAGGCUACUGCUUCAUGGGGAAAUGUCCAACUCGUGAGGAUCAGUGCUCUGAACUAUUUGAUGAUGAGGCAAUAGAGAGUCAUGAUAUCUGCUACAAGAUGAAUACAAAAGGAAAUAAAUUUGGAUACUGCAAAAACGAGGAAAACGGAUUUCUUCCCUGUGAGGAGAAAGAUGUCAGAUGUGGAAAGAUCUACUGCACUGGUGGGGAGCUUUCCUCUCUCCUUGGAGAAGACAAGACCUAUCACCUUAAGGAUCCCCAGCAGAAUGCUACUGUCGAAUGCAAAACCAUUUUUUUAUACUGUGAUUCUACAGACAUUGGCCUGGUGGCGUCAGGAACAAAAUGUGGAGAUGGAAUGGUGUGCAACAAUGGUGAAUGUCUAAACAUGGAAAAGGUCUAUAUCUCAACCAAUUGCUCCUCUCAGUGCCAUGAAAAUCCUGUGGAUGGCCAUGGACUCCAGUGCCACUGUGAGGAAGGACAGGUACCUGUAGCCUGUGAAGAAACCUUAAAUGUUACCAAUAUCACCAUCUUGGUUGUUGUGCUUGUCGUGGUUAUUGUCGGUAUUGGAGUUCUUAUACUAUUAGUUCGUUACCGAAAAUGUAUCAAGUUGAAGCAAGUUCAGAGACCUAUAGAAACCCUAGGAGUGGAGAACAAAGGCUACUUUGGUGAUGAGCAGCAGAUAAGGACUGAGCCAAUCCUGCCAGAAAUUCAUUUCCUAAAUAAACCUGCAAGUAAAGAUUCAAGAGGAAUCACAGAUCCCAAUCAAAGUGCCAAGUGAGCUUGAAGUUGGAUAUCCAAAAUGGCUGUGCAAGCGUAGGCUGGGGAUUCUGGAUGCAACAUCUUUACAACCUUACCUAGAUAUCUGCUACUCAAAUUUUUGGUAGUUUUUCAAAUGUUCUUUAUCCAGACAGCAAAUGCUUAAGAGAAACAACUUCUUUCUGUUAAUAUUUACCGGUAGAAUUCACACCCUCUAUCAUAAACAUAUGCUGCAGAAAAAAUUUUCUUGUGGUCUUUCAAAUGCUCUUUAGUGCAAUAUAAAAAUUUGUACCCUUGCUGUAGUAUUUUCCUACAAAAUGUUACUCUGCUUUCUUUUAAGAGUCCAAACUUUGAGGAUAAUAACUUACAGUCUAAGAAGAAGAGAUUGCAUAUAAAAAGUCACUUCUUUGGAAACAUAAAAGUACGUUUUAAAACUUGAACAUGACAUCAUUAGCACUAAUUCUGGUUUAAAUGAAAGUCCUGCAGAAAUGCCAAAGAAGGCAGGGCAGAGUGGCAUGGAUUCUACCAGGUAAUUAAAAGUGAAAGAGGCAGAAGAAUAGUGGACAGAACUGCAGGAUAGUCCUUAAAAUAAUGGUGGUAGGAAAGGAAAACACAGAAUGCUUCUGGCAAUUCUAAAUUCCUAGGUUUGCCUUUCUAGAAUUCCUUAAGAAGCUGACAGAGAAAUCAGAGGGUUACAAGAAUUUCAGAAAAUUUACUCCAAGUGAGAGGACAUACUCACAACUCCUAUGAAGGGUUUCUAAGUUCUUUAUCCUGUGCAAUUUGACAAUGUGCCAUUUCUGUGCUGUCUCUGCCCCCUCCCUGUCCAUUUGUUAUGGGAUGGGGGGUUACCCUGGGAAUGAUUUCAGCUGCUUCUUACGCAGAUGCCUCUCAAGGUGUUCUUUUGUGUCCUCUAUUUUCUUCUUGUGAACUGUUAAAGCUACAUGCAAUAUUUUUUUUCCAUUUACUGAAAUAAAGUUUUCAAGUGCUAAAUAAAAAUGUUCUGACUCGAUGAAAUAAAUAAAGGCUACAAAGGAAGGAAGAAA